GAAAACACAUUGGGUGCUGAAACACUGGUGUCGAUAGAGAGUUUAUGGAAUCUACUUCACGGCCUCUUGUUUAUGAUGAAUUUGGCCCAUUAGAUUGUGAUGGAAUUUAUCUGUCUUCCUGUGGGCAUGCUGUACAUCAGGGUUGUCUUGAUCGCUAUUUAUCAUCACUGAAGGAAAGAUUUGCAUGGAGGAGUUUUUUUGAGGGGGCACAUAUUGUGGAUCCUAAUCAGGGAGAGUUUCUGUGUCCUGUUUGUCGUAGACUGGCAAAUUCUGUCUUGCCUGGAGUGAAUGGGACUUUCCAAAAAGCCGGAAGGCAGCCUAUGACUUCAACUGUUCAUGAAGUGCCUUCUUUUGGUUCUCCGCUUGCAGAAAACAAAGAAACUACUUCCCUUCUGCUUCAGCAAGGUUUAUGUCUUCUAAAAGCCGCUGCCAAGGUGGUUGGGAGACCUCAUUUCCUUGAAGCUCUUUCUCUUCAAAUAAAAGAAAGUUUAAGUCAGAAUCUGGAGCCUAUAUCUCGUGUGAUGUCUAAAAUGUAUUGUCCAAAAGAGCUGGAUAGAUUCUUAGGAUCUCCAAGGUUAAGCCUCCCAAUAAUUUUAUGGGAUACUCUCAAGUAUUCCCUUAUGCCAACAGAAAUUGCUGCUCGCGGUGGAAAGACUUCUAUGGAAGCAAAUUAUACUCUAACUUCUUUGUAUAAGGAAUUUAAAUCUUCUAGUGAAUUUAUAUUUUCCUUGUUGCAAAGAGUUGUCUGGAACCUGAGCAGUACAAAUUCACUUCAUGCUCUUCAAAGAUUUAGAGGUCUUCAACCGUUUGCAAAAUCUAUUUGCUCUGGGAUUGUCUUUGAUAACCACAGCACCACAAAUAAACAAGAAGGUACGGUUUUAACUAAUUAUUACUUUGAGAUUUCAUUUGGAAUUUGGAACAUUUAUGAAGAAUGUUUGAUACUAAGUUCGUGA